CAAUUGGAAGACUUUGUGAAAAAUGUGAUGGCAAAUGUGUGAUCUGUGACUCCUACGUGCGGCCCUGCACCCUGGUGCGCAUAUGUGACGAGUGUAACUACGGCUCAUACCAAGGGCGCUGUGUGAUCUGCGGAGGACCAGGAGUGUCUGAUGCCUACUACUGCAAGGAGUGCACCAUCCAGGAAAAAGAUAGAGAUGGUUGCCCUAAGAUUGUCAACCUGGGCAGUUCCAAGACAGAUCUCUUCUACGAAAGGAAAAAGUAUGGCUUCAAGAAGAGGUGAUCCUAUGGCUACAUCUCCUGUCAGGUUGGCAAGAGGGUCUUGGAACAUCUCUGGACUUUACAAGUAUUGAAAA